CUCAUCUCUCUCUACUCUCUCACCACCAUCACCAGAAGAUGUUAAAAAAGUUAAUCAAAACAUCGAAACCAUUACCAGAAGAAUCUUAGCUGGAUUCAUCACUCUUCCUCCUCCUCAUCUCCAUCUCCAUCUCUCAGAUCUUGAACAACAACAACAAGAAGAAGAAACAACAACAAUGCUCUUCUUGUUCUUGUUCUUGUUCUUGUUUCACUUCUCAUCUUUAGAUCUUAUCCUCGCCGACGACCGUCGUAUACUCCACGAACCAUUCUUUCCAGUAGAUUCACCACCACCGUCACCACCAUCACCACCACCGCAACCUAAACUACCAUUCUCUUCAACAACUCCACCACCAUCAACAGACCCAAACGCUUCUCCUUUCUUCCCUUUAUACCCUUCAUCUCCACCACCUCCUUCACCAUCUUCUUUCGCUUCUUUCCCAGCUAACAUCUCAUCACUAAUCGUCCCUCACGCCACUAAAUCACCACCUAACUCCAAAAAACUCCUCAUCGUCGCUAUCUCCGCCGUCUCCUCCGCUUCUUUAGUCUUCUUACUCAUCGCUUUACUCUACUGGCGUAGAAGAAACAGAACUAAUCAAGAUCUCAACUUCUCCGAUGAUAGCAAAACAUACACCACCGACAGUAGCCGACGAGUCAUCUACCCUCCUCCUCCUUCUUCAUCCACCACCGUUGCUCCGACACGGCGUAAUGCCGAGGGUAGAAGUAAACAAAGAACCACCACUAGUAACAACAACAACAACAAUAACAGCUCUGAGUUUCUUUACUUAGGAACAAUGGUGAAUCAAAGAUCAAUAGAAGAACAAUCUCUAAGUAACAAUGGAUCGAGUUCAAGAAAACUCGAAUCUCCAGAUCUUCAACCACUUCCUCCGUUAAUGAAACGAAGCUUCCGGUUAAAUCCAGAUGUUGGUUCAAUCGGAGAAGAGGAAGAAGAAGAGUUCUACUCUCCACGUGGCUCACAAAGCGGGCGCGAGACAUUAAACCGGGUCGGAGCUCCGGUUCAUCAUCAAAAUCAAAACUCUAGAUCUGUUAACAAUGACACUAUCUCUUGCUCAUCUUCAAGCUCUGGCUCACCAGGAAGAUCAACGUUCAUUAGUAUCUCUCCUUCUAUGAGUCCUAAAAGAUCCGAACCAAAGCCUGUCGUAACCACCACCACCACCACCACCGCAGCACCACCGACGGAUUUAACAGAUUACAGAUUCGUUAGGUCUCCGUCACUGUCAUUAGCUUCACUAUCAUCUGGAUUUCUUCCGGUGAAAAACUCUGACCAAGGAGGAUUGAAUCAAAUCUCAAGAUCUCCGACGGUUACGUCACUAACAGCUUCACCGGAGAAUAAUAAUGACAAUAAAAAACAGAGCUCGCCGCAGCAAAGUCCGUUAUCAUCUGCUUCAACAUCACCGGAACGACGACCUAAUGAUACACCUGAAGCGUACUUGAGAUCUCCUUCGCAUUCCUCUGCUUCAACAUCGCCGUAUAGAUGUUUUCAAAAGUCUCCGGAGGUUUUACCGGCGUUUAUGAGUAAUCUCCGGCAAGGUUUGCAAUCUCAGUUACUAUCUCCUCCGUCUAAUGGAGGAGGAGGACAAGGCUAUCUUAAACCGUUAGACGUAUUACGUUCUACUUCUUCAUCAGUUUGUUCCUCACCGGAGAAACCUUACCAUAAGUCACCUAAGUUGUUGUCUUCUCGGAAUUCACAGUCUCUAUCAUCUUCUCCGGAUAGAGACUUUAGUCAUAGCUUAGAUGUAUCACCACGGAUUUCGAAUAUAUCACCUCAGAUUCUACAGUCUCCAGCGAAGAUUUCACGUGUGCCGCCACCUCCGCCACCUCCUCCACCAAUGCCGUUAUGGGGAAGACGGAAUCAGGUGGCUCAUAAGGUGGAGACGAUCUCGAAACCGCCUUCUCUCAUGCCGCCUUCACAUCCUUUUGUGAUCCAAUCUGAAAACUUGCAAGUGAGUUCUUCAGUGGAGGAGGUUCCAGAGACGGUUAGUGUGAGUGAGCCGGCGGAGGAGACUCCGAAACCGAAGCUAAAGGCGUUACAUUGGGAUAAAGUUAGAGCAAGUUCGGAUCGUGAGAUGGUUUGGGAUCAUCUUCGAUCAAGCUCUUUCAAAUUAGAUGAGGAGAUGAUUGAAACGUUGUUUGUGGCAAAGUCGUUAGAUAACAAACCAAAUCAGAGUCAGACAACUCCACGAUCUGUUGUCCCGAACCCGAACCAAGAGAACAGAGUCCUGGACCCGAAGAAGGCUCAGAAUAUCGCAAUCUUGCUUCGUGCGCUUAAUGUCACUAUAGAAGAAGUUUGUGAAGCUCUUCUUGAAGGCAAUGCUGAUACACUUGGGACUGAACUUCUUGAGAGCUUACUAAAGAUGGCACCGACGAAAGAAGAAGAGCGAAAAUUGAAAGCGUACAAGGAUGAUUCACCCGUUAAGCUUGGACAAGCUGAGAAAUUUCUUAAGGCAAUGCUAGACAUUCCUUUCGCCUUUAAAAGAGUUGACGCAUUGCUCUAUGUAGCUAACUUUGAGUCUGAGGUUGAGUACCUGAAGAAAUCUUUUGAGACUCUUGAGGCUGCUUGUGAGGAACUGAGGAAUAGUAGGAUGUUCUUAAAGCUACUAGAAGCGGUUCUUAAGACAGGAAACCGUAUGAACGUUGGGACAAACCGAGGUGAUGCACAUGCGUUCAAGCUUGACACACUCCUCAAACUAGUCGAUGUCAAAGGCGCCGACGGGAAAACAACUCUCUUGCAUUUCGUCGUACAAGAGAUAAUCCGAGCAGAAGGCACACGUCUGUCAGGUAACAAUACCCAAACAGACGACAUCAAGUGUAGAAAACUCGGUCUCCAAGUCGUAUCAAGUCUCUGUUCAGAGCUUAGUAACGUCAAGAAAGCUGCAGCAAUGGACUCAGAAGUACUAAGCAGCUACGUGUCCAAGCUAUCUCAAGGCAUUUCCAAGAUCAACGAGGCGAUCCAAGUCCAAUCAACAAUCACAGAAGAAAGCAACAGCCAAAGAUUUUCAGAAUCGAUGAACACGUUUCUGAAAAGAGCUGAGGAAGAUAUCAUAAGAGUACAAGCUCAAGAGAGUGUAGCGUUAUCUCUAGUGAAAGAAAUCACAGAGUAUUUCCACGGGAACUCGGCUAAAGAAGAAGCGCACCCGUUUAGAAUAUUCUUGGUUGUUAGAGACUUCCUUGGAGUAGUAGACAGAGUCUGCAAAGAAGUAGGGAUGAUAAACGAAAGAACAAUGGUUAGUUCUGCUCAUAAGUUUCCUGUCCCAGUGAACCCAAUGCUGCCACAACCUCUCCCUGGACUCGUUGGACGAAGACAAUCUUCUUCGUCGUCGUCUUCUUCUUCCUCUUCGUCAUCAGACGACGAACAUAACACGUCUCAUUAGUUUCUUUAAGGUGAGAUCUCAGCUUUUGUCUGUGCAAGUUUGUUGUAAAAAGUUAUCUGUUUUGUCAUAGUAGGUUUAUAUAUAUAUAUAUAUAGAGGAGAAGGAAAGAUUGACAAAGACAAAGUGUUAUUAUUUUUUUGUUUUUCUACAUUUGUGUAAAAUAAUAUAGGUUUACGUUUAAAUUAGUUCUUUCUUAAACUAAUAAUCUAAAGAAUAAACUAAAAUUAGUUCUU